CAACCUGCAAGUAUACCGACGGAGACAGUAAAAGACGGACGUAACCCAGCGUAACCUCCGCCGAAAAACAUCCAUCUUCAUCCGCGGACAAUUAACGCGUAUCCGUAUUUAAACAAACUGGAGCAUAAAGUACAAAGUCCAACCUUCUGAACGAACCGCGUAUUAGCCCGAUAUGAGACCGGCGUCGUGUUGAUACAAGCGGCGAAAGAUUGCGAGAGCCGACUUCAUCCGGGAGACAACCCGCAGGAAGACACCCCACCAUCGCUGCCAAGAGUUUUUUUUUUUUUUUUUUUAAUGUGUCGGGUGUCUCGCCUGUUUUGCUGUUAAAACAGGCUCCAGCUGUUAAACCUGAACCAUUUUGGGGGGGAUAUUUUGGAGCUAGCGAGCGCGCUUGCUAGCCGAACACCGACCGCUAACCAUGGAGCUGAGAGUGGGGAACCGAUAUAGACUGGGCAGGAAAAUUGGAAGUGGAUCAUUUGGGGACAUCUACCUGGGUACUGACAUCUCGGUCGGAGAAGAGGUCGCCAUCAAGUUGGAAUGCGUGAAGACCAAGCACCCACAGCUCCACAUCGAGAGCAAGAUCUACAAGAUGAUGCAGGGUGGAGUGGGCAUCCCGACAAUAAAGUGGUGCGGGGCCGAGGGCGACUACAACGUGAUGGUGAUGGAGCUGCUGGGGCCCAGCCUGGAGGACCUGUUCAACUUCUGCUCUCGGAAGUUCAGCCUCAAGACAGUCCUGCUGCUGGCCGACCAGAUGAUCAGCCGCAUCGAAUACAUCCACUCCAAGAACUUCAUCCACCGAGACGUGAAGCCGGACAACUUCCUGAUGGGGCUGGGCAAGAAGGGCAACCUGGUCUACAUCAUCGACUUCGGCCUGGCCAAGAAGUACCGCGACGCACGGACACAUCAGCACAUCCCCUAUCGCGAGAACAAGAACCUGACCGGCACGGCGCGCUACGCCUCCAUCAACACACAUCUAGGCAUCGAGCAGUCCAGACGGGACGACUUGGAGUCGCUGGGCUACGUCCUCAUGUACUUCAACCUGGGCUCUCUUCCCUGGCAGGGCCUCAAAGCCGCCACCAAGAGGCAGAAGUACGAGCGCAUCAGCGAGAAGAAAAUGUCCACGCCCAUUGAGGUCCUCUGCAAAGGCUACCCAUCGGAGUUUGCCACCUACCUGAACUUCUGCCGCUCCCUGCGCUUCGACGACAAGCCCGACUACUCAUACCUCCGCCAGCUCUUCAGGAACCUCUUCCACCGACAGGGUUUCUCCUACGACUACGUCUUCGACUGGAACAUGCUCAAGUUUGGCGCCAACAGGGCCGUGGAGGACGCAGAGAGGGAGCGUCGGGAGCGGGAGGAGAGGCUGAGGCACAGCAGGAACCCCGGGGCAAGGGGCCUGGCCUCGGCCUCAGGGAGAGCCAGGGCAGUGCAGGACGUUGCGGCCCCCUCACCACUCAACCCCGCCUCGCACACAGGUUUGGAGAAGGAGAGGAAGGUGAGCAUGCGUCUUCAUCGCGGGGCGCCUGUCAACAUCUCCUCUUCAGAUCUCACAGGACGCCAGGACGCGUCACGCAUGUCCUCACAGGCCCUGUCCCGGGUCACGCCCAGCGGCCUCCAGUCUGCAGCGCCGCGGUGAAACCCUCCCCAUCCACCUGUGCACCACGGAGGCCUCAACAAACAAACAAACACACACACACACACGCACGCACGCACGCACGCACACACACACAGAGGACUCUUCAAUGACACAGAGUACUACCAACGAAUGCACCAGAGUCUGGCUGCCCUCCUGUACACCUGACGCAGUGUGAGUGAGAGAUGGGUGGAGUACAGUUCGGUAGCAGCCGUGGCCUCCCUCCUCCUUACUGUUGAUGAAGCCAUGGAUUCACUUUCCUCUGGCAUCUUUUUAAAACUUUGGUUUUACUUGUUUCUCCUCUUUAGCAAUUUAAAGCGUCUCUUUCUAGCGACCUGACUUCACGAGGGUUUUUUAAAAAGACAGGCGUGUUUGAAAGUAGUGUGUGGGACAUUUCUGAUCACAAAGACAUUUGACCCGUCACGGCCGGACGGUGCCCAAACUCUGUUUUGUGUCCUGGAAGACUUUCUUUUAUUUAAUUUUUUUUUUAUUCUUUUGGUUUCGGUGUUUGAGGUUUAAAUGUAAAGUUAGGAUAACCCCUUGUUUUUUAAAAAUGGGACAAAGGGUCUUUUAAUGUUUUAUUUCCAUUGUACAUUUUUUCCCUCCUCAGGUGCGUUGGAACCAGGACGUUGUAGUAAAUCCAAAAACACGCAGCACAUUUUUCUGUCUGUCUUCAGGUCGUGACUGCUGUUGCGCUGCUUGGGAAAGCUGUGAAUGGAAACGUCCGGCUCCGCACUGAGUGGGUGGAAUGUUGUUAACCCGGUGCAUAGUGACGUGUGUUUGUAUGUAUGUUCGGUUCUGUCUUUGGGAGGGGGGGAAUAAAAGCUCAAAUGGGUGGGGGAGGGGUGAAUUAAAUGUUGAGGGGUAUUUUCUUCUUGAGUUUUGACUCCUUUGCCUCCUAAGCUCAUUCUAGACCCCCCUCUCCCCACACAAUUACACAUCUCGACCUUUUUUCUACCUCGACUUCGUCAGACGCUCACUGUCUGACUUUAUUGACAGACGGGGACCAGAAUCUCUCUUCAUACUAUCCCAGAAGACUCUAUGAAACCCCUAACUUGCACAUGCUCUUUUCCAAUGGAGUGACCUUGGCUGAGGUUUAUCCUGCGCCGUUUUUUAUCCUAAAAUCAACAAAACUCCUCAAGAGGUGCGUCCUGGUCAGCGAAACAGACAACCUCAUAAUAAUUUUAGUCCCAAUCGGUGAACAUCCCGAUCCAUUACAGAACCACUAGUUUAGAUGACAGGAUGUGUGACCCUCAAGAUCUGUUUGUUCACCAUACUGCUAGAAUGCCCUCUGUGGAAAAGGCUAUAUAGUUGCAUUAUGGGAAAUGUAGGAUAGAGGGGUUUUUGGAGCUUGUAUCCUCAGUUUUCCGAGUGUCUCAUCGGUCCGGGUAGAAAAUGGGCGGUUGUGCUUUUUAAAGGACCAGUUCACCA